AUGAAUUCAUGGAUCUUCUGUUUGUUCUUCCAGGAGUUUUUAACCCAAACAAAGACUCACUACGACUCGGAGCUGGAGGCUGUGGACUUCAGAACCAGCAGUGAGGAAGCCAGGGUCAAGAUCAACAACUGGGUGGAGGAAAAGACACAAGGUAAAAUCAAGGAUAUGGUGGCUGAGGGUGGAGUGGACAACAUGACCAGGAUGGUUCUGGUUAAUGCUUUGUACUUCAAGGGCGACUGGUUUAUGCCGUUCUCCAUGGAGAAAACAUACAAGUCUAAAUUUAGACUCAACAAGGUCGUCACUAAGCCGGUCCAGAUGAUGUUCCAAAAAAACUAUUUCCACCAUGCCUACAUUUCAGAAGUCAGAUGCCAGAUCCUGGUGAUGCAUUACGAAGGAUACAAGCUGAGCAUGCUCAUCUUUUUACCUAAAGGAAUACGAGACAGCUCAACGGGGCUAAAAAAAUUGGAGAAGCACCUGACCUAUGAGAAAUUCCUGAAGUGGACCCAUCCUGACAACAUGAAAGACUCUCUGGUUGAAGUGAAGCUUCCUCAGUUCAAGCUGGAGGAGACGUAUGACCUAAACAAAGUCCUGAGCAGCAUGGGCAUGGCGGACGCUUUUGAUAUAAAGAAGAGUGACUUCUCUGGAAUGUCUGGAAACAAGGACCUCUUUCUGUCCAGCGUGUCCCACAAGGCUUUCGUGGAGGUGAACGAGAAGGGAACUGAAGCUGCCGCCUCCACUCAGAUGCGUUUCCGUUGUGGCAGUUCAUUCCUUCCUCGAAUUAAUAUUCCGAUUAGCUUCACUGCAGACCACCCGUUCCUCUUCUUCAUCCGCCAUGACCCCACCAAGAGUAUUCUCUUCGCAGGACGCUUCUGCUCCCCUUAGUGCGCUCUGUCUCUUUUAGAGCAAUGACUGCAUCAUGAAAGGUUGCAUCAGCUGCAGUAUUGUCAUUUUUUUUCAUGACUUAUUAGGUCAGAGUACACUGCAUAAAUGCUAUGAGGAUCAAGCCGCCUUAUGAAGUUUUAUGCACUGUUUUUAUAGCAAGAUGACUGAAGCUGCUAGAGUUAAAAACUUUCAGAAGCUCUGAUUCUACCAAAAAGUAAACUUUCUAAUGGUUUAAGUCACAAAAGAUAUUGAGGUAGUAAUAGAAGUAUAAACAUAUUCAUCCUAUCCCCUUCUUAUUUGUCUUUUUUCCAUUAAAUUAGGACUG